AUGAGUUUAUGCCAUUCAGAUACUCCAUUGAAUAUAGGCUUUGAAAAUGGUGCCAUUCUUCAAAGAGUUGAGAAGUUAUGCAUUGUGGAAUGUUACUAUUCGACAACCUUAAUUCCCUCCUCCCUAGCGUUGACUCACUUGUCAUAUCUUGAAGUCAGCAAUUGCAACAGAUUAAGGAAUGUCUUGACAUCAUCAACUGCAAAAACGUUAGUUCAACUGACCAUGAUGAAGGUCUCUCAAUGUGCAAUGAUGGAGGAAAUUGUUACAGUAGAGGAGAAUGAAGAAGUGAAAGAAGAUGAGAUUGUUUUUGGCAAAUUGAGAAGUUUAGAACUUGUGUCUCUAAGAAACCUCACAAGUUUUUGUAAUUCCCAAUGUAAACUUGUCUUCAAGUUUCCGUUACUUGAAGAGGUGAAAGUAAGCGAUUGCCUCAAGUUGAAAAAAUUCUCCGAGAAAAUUUCAAGCACAAACUUAGAAAAAGUUGAUAUUGUAGAAGGAGAAGAAGAAGAAGAGGGAAAGAAAUGGUACUGGGAAGGUGAUUUGAAUGCAACAAUCCAAAAGAUUUUCACGGACAAGGUUCUUUUGGAGUUCUGUCGAAAUAUCGAACUUUCUUGUUAUCCUGAGUUACAACAAUUGUGGCGAGAAGAAAUUUCCCUGCCAAACAAUUGCUUUAGCAAUCUGAGAACAUUGAUAAUAAAGAAUUGUUCAUUUCUAUCAGAAGUGUUCCCUUCUAAGUUACUUUCUUACUUUAAGAACUUGGAGGAGUUACAAGUAAGCUCGAAUCCAGUGGAGGUUAUUUUUGAUAUUGAUGGCAACAGUUUGAUAGAGACGAAGGGAAAGUCGUUUCAUUUGAAAACAAUGACUUUAGAUGACUUGCAGAAUUUGAAGCGUAUAUGGAGCAAAGAUCCUUGUAGUAUUAUGAGUUUUCUGAAUCUGAAAGAAAUUAUUGUUUCUAAUUGUGCGGGUAUAAAAACUCUUUUUCCAGCAUCUUUGGCAAGAAAUCUGGAGAGACUCAAGAAACUUGAAAUAAGACAAUGUGAUGCUUUGGAAGAAAUUGUUGGGAAGGAAGAAGCAGCAGCAGAGGGAGCUAGCAGAAAAUUUGAAUUCCAUUCUUUAAACGCCUUGACUAUGUGUGCUUUACCAAGGCUCAAGUUCUUUUAUCCUGGAAGAUACACUCUGGAAUUUCCCAGCUUGGUGAGUCUAAGCGUGUUUGAUUGUAACAAGUUGGAAAUAUUUGCGUCAGAUUUUCGAAGUUGCCAAGGAGCAGUAGGAUGUGAGGAUGAAGCUAAUAUUACAGCUAGUCGACAAUCUCUUUUCAUGGGUGGAAGGGUUAUUCAGAACUUGGAAUUUUUAACUCUCAAUGGGAAUGAUAUGAUGAUGUUAUCACAUGGUCAUUUUCCUGAUAACCUGCUUCACAAACUAAAAACUUUGCAGCUGCACUUUGGUGAUUCCUAUGAAGCAGGAGCUACUUUGCCUUUUAAAUUCUUUCAGAAGGUACCUAAUUUAGAAAGUCUUAUGGUAAGCAAUUGCAAUGCAUUGGAUGAGAUGUUCCCCUCUCAAAGACCCAAAGAUAUUGAUCAUAUCAUCAAUAUUCUUGCACAAGUGAGAGAAUUAGAGCUCGAUUCGCUGCCUUUGCUCUCAUCCAUUGGGUUAGAUUACUCCUGGGUGGACUCAAUUGUUAAGAAUCUGAGAGCGCUUCGAAUGAGGAAUUGCCCUCGUUUGACUACUCUGGUGCCUUCUUCUGCAGUAUCAUUUUGCAAUUUGAAAGAAUUGAGAAUAGGGCAAUGCCACGGGUUAGUUUCUCUGUUCUCAUCUUCAGUGGCCAAGAGGUUGGUGCGGCUUUAUCGAAUGGUGAUAGCUGAAUGUGGAUCAAUGACGCAUAUAGUGAGUCAUGACCUUGAUGAAUCAGAUUCUGAUGAGAUAAUAUUUGAAAGGCUUGAAUAUAUAGCUUUGAGUGAUUUGCCAAGCCUUGUGAGCUUCUAUUCAGGGCAUGCCACUUUAGAAUUCUCUGCUCGGAUAGUGUCUGCCAUCGAACAAUGCCCAAAGAUGAAAUGUUUCUCUCAAGGGAUUGUAAGAGCGCCCAACCUCAUAGGAAUAAAAUAUACAAGGGACAACGAAUAUGAUUGGCACAACUACAGUGAUCUCAACACCACGAUGGAGAAAUUGUUCAAUGAGAAGCUUGAACAAUUAACAUGUGGCGUGCGAGAUUUAAAGCUUGGAGAUUGCCCUGAGCUUGAAGAUAUAUGGCAUGGUGCAAUGUCAGUCCCAAAUGGAGGCUUCAGCCAUCUGAAGACUUUAAUAGUGGAUGGCUGCCCAUUUUUAUCACAUUAUGUUAUCCCUUUUCAUUUGCUUGGUUCCCUUAGUAACUUGGAAGAUUUAAAAGUGCAGAAUUGUGAUUCCAUAAGGGCAAUAUUUGAGGUUGAGUCCUUGUCCACUGCUCUCUCUUUUCCACUGAAAAGUAUGACAUUGGAAGAGUUACCCAAUCUGGAGCAAGUUUGGAAUGAGGACCCUCGAGAAAUUCUCAGCUUUCAAUCUCUGCAACAUGUGUAUAUUCAAGGAUGCAGAAGCCUCAAGAGCUUGUUUCCAACAUCGAUGGCCCAAGGCACACUUGAAAGCCUUGAAAUACUAGAAGUCCAAUGUUGUGAGGGAUUAGAAGAGAUUGCUGCACAUGAAGAGACUGCCUUGGAGGAAUCUGCCGGAAAUUUAGCUAUCUUCCCUAGCUUAACUGGGUUGAGGCUAUGGAAAUUACCACAGCUCAGGUGCAUCUGUUCAGGACUAAGCAAUGUGGAAUGGCCAAAGUUAAAAGAAUUGGAUGUAUUUCAAUGUGGUCAGCUCAAGAAUAUUGGAUUGGAAGCCAAGGUUUUUCCCAACCUUGAGCAUUUGUCACUUUGCAAGGAAGACAUUAUGGAUAUUCGGCAAGCGUCAUUUCCUGAAAACCUUCUUCAGAGAGCAAAAAUCCUCAAAUUGCAUGGCUUUUUUGAUGAUUCAGAUGUAUUUCCAUAUGGAUUCUUCAAAAAGGAAUCACUUCCCCAUGUUGAAAAAACUGAUUUCUCUAUCGAAGCUCAAUUCCAUUGGAUUAGAGCACGCCCCUCUUCCUGGAAACCUUGA